AUGCAUAGUCUGAAGUUCAACAAUACCUAUGUCACUCAAUUAUCAUCACUGCGUUUCUAUUCCUAUGUUAAACCCGCAAUACCGCUCACUAACCCCUAUUUAAUUAGUUUCAAUGAUAUCGUUGCCGAGAUGAUAGGUCUAAAUAAGAGUUCCAAUCUAGAAGAUUUACUAUGUGCUAACGUAUUGUUUCCUGGUUCCGUGCCUGUUGCCAUGAUUUAUGCUGGACACCAGUUUGGUUAUUUUACAUCACAAUUAGGCGAUGGGCGCGCACUUUUACUCGGUGAAGUCGUUGAUAAUGAAGGAAACCAUUGGGCAUUACAUGCAAAAGGAACAGGACCAACACCUUACAGUCGUGGUGGAGAUGGACGCGCAGUUCUUCGAUCCUCUAUACGAGAAUACUUAGUAUCAGAGGCAAUGGGUUAUCUGAACAUACCAACAACGAGAGCUUUAUCUCUGGUUGGAUCAAAAAUGGCGGUUUAUCGUGAAACAGUUGAAACAGCAGCUAUUGUCAUACGUGUAGCUCAUCCAUCGGCCUUUGUCCGAUUUGGUACAUUCGAAAUAUUUUCUAGCCGGGGGCAACAUCUUGAAGUUAAACAACUCGCUGAUUAUGUAAUUGAUCAUACACACGAAUUUUAUGAUUUACGAGACAAAUCAGCAACUACUAAAUAUUCAGAAUUUCUUAUACAGGUUGCACGUCUAACCGGUUAUCUUGUAGCAAAAUGGCAAAUAUAUGGUUUUACUCAUGGUGUACUAAACACUGACAAUAUGAGCAUACUGGGCGUAAGCAUCGAUUAUGGUCCCUACGGUUUUAUUGAAGAUAAGUGGAAAGAUUAUAUUCCUAAUCAUUCAGACGGUGAAGGACGCUAUGCAUUCGAUAAGCAACCGACUAUUGGCGAAUGGAAUCUGAUGAAAUUAGUGACUGCCUUUUCAUCAUUAGUAUCUGAUGAGCAUUAUACAGUAGUUUCUAAUAUGUAUUGGAAAACGUAUGAAGAUCACUAUGGAGAGUUGAUGAGAAAAAAACUUGGUUUAGUUACAUUUCUGUAUUCGGAUAAAUUAUUAUGGGAAGAAUUGUUAGAACUAUUAGAUGCAAAUCAUAUCGAUUACACAAUAUUUUGGCGAAAACUAGCGGAUAAAAAUAAGGAUUCAACUUAUCCUGAAUUAUCAAGUUGGUUCGUUAAAUAUGAAAAACGAUUAGCGUUAGAAGCAAGUUAUGGACAAAGAUCGAGAACAGAACGAAUGAAUAAAAUAAAUCCAAAGUAUAUAUUAAGAAAUUAUUUAGCUCACACAGCAAUAUUAAAAGCACAAAAGGAUGAUUUUAGGGAAGUGAAUAAAUUGUUACGAUUACUACGUCGACCGUUCGAUGAACAACCAGAAAUGGAACAGUAUAGCAAAAAAUCUCCAGAAUGGGCAAAAAAAUUGGUUAUUUCAUGUUCAUCAUAG